AUGGUUGCCCAGCCGCUCAAGCCAGAUGCCAAAGAUUUUAAAUUCAUUUCAAUUUAUGGCCCUUGCAGUAAACAGGGUCGAGGUGCAAAUCGCUCGGCUAAAUCACACGCAGUUAAGCAAGCCCUCAAGGCCAAACGGUUACUUGAACAAAAAUCAACUCACAACUUUCGAGUAACGCUUUUGAAGGAGCAUAAUACACUGAUAAAUAAAUCAUAUUUUACAAAUCAUCCGAAUUUAACCCCUUCUUUGUCCGCGAGCGCGAUCGAUCCGUUUGGUAUGCUCCCUGUGGACACUUCAAGGUUGCAGAUGCUACUAGGGGACAGCAGAGCUAGGAAAGCCUCUGAGCCGGUCUUCAGUAUUACAGAGGAGCUCGCAUUCCAAAAUUUUCACACCGUCUUCCGUACGGGCUUGACUGACCCAGCCCUUUCGAAUGCAGUUAUGUUUUCGCUAUUGUUUGCAGUGACGGAGGGAAAUUUGGACCUCGAAUGCCUGAAAUACAAGGUCUGCGUUAUCGGCUGUAUUAGAGACAAAGUAGCCUAUAUCAAAGGUGCUGUGUCAGAGUCCACAAUUGGAGCCAUUCUUCUACUUGUGGGUGUAGAGGCUCAGAUGGGAAUGACCUCUCAAGUCCAACUUCACAUGGCAGCAGUGAGCCAGCUACUCGAAAUCUCUCGCAGUCAAGGCAUCUAUCUCACGGUUGGCAUCAAGCGUGCCAUAUUCUGGCGAGACUUGAAUGCCUCAAUUCUUUCAGGUUCUGAUCGAAUCGUUGACCACACUACGUUCUCGGAACUUCUCUGGCGGCGAGACUCAUUCACACCUACUUUCUACCAACUUCCAUCAGGGUUUGAGAUAAUAUCACAUUUGUUUAGUGAGGAUUUUCUCGAAAUACUGGAGGAUAUAUAUGCGUUACAAUGUAUACGAAACUGUUCGAGCUAUAAAAAGGGUGAUCCUUUUUUUAUGUCCUACAUAAACAACCACACGGCCUUUAUUCAAUCGAGGAUUGUAAAUCUGGUAAUACCUUCUCCCAUGCUGAAGUGUUGCGCUACUGCAGCGUAUAUUUGUUCUGUCAUGUUAUGUUGUCAUGCUUGGUGCGCACUAGUUAUUCCAUCCUAUUUAUCCUCAAAACUUCUUGAUCAACUUCAAAAGGCUGAAAAGGAUACGAUAUGGGAUGAAAACUCUGACUUGCUGCUUUGGCUCCUGUAUAUCGGUGGCACAUUUGCUUCGCCUGGAUCUGUUAGAUCAAGGUAUAUUGAUCUUCUUCGGACGAAUAUAACCGCGAGGUUCUCUUUGAUCUGUAGCUCUCCUUCAAGGAUACUUGAAAUCUUGAGGCAAUUUAUCUGGUCAGACGUUGCAUUCUUUUCGGACGCAUCGAUGCUUUGGGAAGAGAUCUCAAAUACAUACUAA